AUGACUACAGAUGCAGCCAAGUCUAGGAGACUCCACUUCAUCAUUGUUGGUGGUUCUUUGGGUGGGCUGGCCACUGGGUUGGCGCUCAAGGCAAUCGGUCAUGACACGACUAUUCUCGAACGUAACCGCACCCCCGUCUUGGAGCAGCAGGGAGCUGGUAUCGUUGCUGGUGGUGACACCCUCGCGUUUUUCAAGCGAUAUAAUCGCUGUGAUCGUCCCAUUGCCGUGACAUCGCACAGGCGGCAAUACCUUGACAAGGCCGGCAAGGUCGUUCACAAGGAGGACAUGGACCAGAACAUGACAUCGUGGGACUUGGCAUAUUUCAUCAUGCGGGCAAACUACGACCAAGUCAAGAGCGAGCAUUGCGAACCUCCAGCGCCCGUACCCAGCCACGGCAAGGCGGUUCACUGGCACGACCACAACGUCACCGACAUCAAACAAGAGGGUGAAAACGUAAGAGUCUACUACAAAACAGGCACGGGACAAGAAGGCAGUAUCACCGGCGACAUGGUCAUCGGCGCCGACGGCCCAAGCUCAACAGUACGCGCUCUGGUAGAACCAGAGGUCAAGCGAACCUAUGCGGGCUAUUGUGCUCUGAGGGGAACCAUUCCGGAGAAUGAUGUGAGCCCGGCCACGAGAGAGGCUUUCAGUGAACGUUUCACCUUCUUUCAUGGCCCAGGCGUUCAAAUUCUAGCGUACUUGAUACCAGGCGAAAGCGGCACGGUCGAGCCCGGCAAGCGCCUGAUAAACUUUGUAUACUAUACCAACUUCCCCGAAGGCUCUCCGGAGCUCGAAGAGAUAAUGACAGACAAGCACGGCAAGCGCCGACCCAUCACGAUGCCGCCGGGAAUGAUUGACAUGCAGGCGUGGGAGAAGCAGCGACAAAUUGCCGCAGAACGGCUACCGCCUCAGUUUGCCGAAAUUGUCCGCGGGACCCAGAAGCCAUUUGUACAGGCGGUCACGGACGUUAUUAGCCCGCGCAACGAGUACAUGGACGGAAAACUCGUGCUGAUUGGCGAUGCGCUGGCUGGAUUCCGGCCACAUACGGUCGCUUCAACUUCGCAGGCAGCCUUUGACGCCAUGGUGUUUGCCGAUCAUAUCGAGGGCAAGGUCUCGAAAGAGCAGUGGAAAAAGGAAACGAUGGGCUUUGCCCGCUUCAUCCAGAAGAGGGGCGUCGAAAUGGGAAUUCACUCCCAACACCAGGACCUUCCCGUCGAAGAACACAUACAGGAUCGCAACAUUGCUUCUACGCCGAGGGAACAAGAAGUCUAUCCCGAAUGGGCCACCGCAAUAUGA